CUCUCUCCUAUCUCUCUCUCUCUCUCUAAACUAGGUUUAACCGAUAUCUAUUAUUGUACGUUGUCGUUAUUUAGCCCACAAACGAAAGCCAUUCUGAACGCUUCAGUUUUGCAAAUAUAUAUCAUAAUACAUAUAUUUGUAGAGAGAGAGAGAGAGAGAGCGAGAGAGAGAGAGAGAUCAUGGGUUGGAGAGGGGAAGAAGAGAGAGAGGAGGGAGUAAUGGCGACAGAUUUUUGGUCGUAUACCGAUGAGCCUCACGCUUCCAGGCGCCGUCAGAUUCUCUCUCAGUUCCCUCAAAUCAAACAUCUCUUCGGCCCUGAUCCGUUCGCCUUCCUCAAGAUAAGCGUGGUUGUUUUGCUUCAGCUUGACAAUGCAGGGUGGCUUAAGAUACUUGUGAUAGCCUACUUUUUUGGAUCAAUUCUCAACCACAAUCUUUUCUUAGCCAUCCACGAGCUAAGCCACAACCUUGCAUUCUCAAAGCCAGUCUACAACUCCAACCUUCCUAUUGGGGUUCCCAUGUCGGUCACUUUCCAGCUAAGCCCCGUCUGCCUCAAACAAAAGCCCCCUGGUUCGUGGGAGUUUGUCAACUUCGUCAUUCAAAUUGCUCUUAAUGCUGCCAUGGUCUAUUUCUGGAGCUGGAAAUCUCUUGCCUAUCUGAUCCAGUCCACAUUUCUUGGUAGUGGUAUGCACCCCAUAGCUGGCGACUUCAUAUCGGAGCAUUACGUGUUCAAGCCUGAGCAAGAGACUUAUUCUUACUUUGGCCCGCUUAACCUUCUGACUUGGGAGGUUGGUUACCACAGUGAACACCGUGAUUUCCCCAGGAUUCCUGGGAGUAGGCUCCACAAGGUGAAAGAGAUUUCACCGGAGUACUAUGAGAGUCUGGAGUCGUAUAAAUCUUGGACCCAGGUCAUUUACAUGUACAUUAUGGACCAUACAGUUGGGCCAUUCAGCAGAAUGAAGAGGAAGGCAAAGAAAUCCGAAUAA